AUGAAGGAAAAUCUGAAGAUACGAUAUGCCCGGAAGAAUGAAUUGCCCACCAUGGCACAGCUCUCCGUCACCGCGUUUCGGCACAGCGGCCGACAGGUGAACGCAGCGCUCUUCCCUCAGCACCUGCGUAUAAACCCUGGCGAUAGCGACGAGAUUGACUUCUCGGCCAGCACCAUGGCAAUGAAUUUUGAGAAAAAGAACCAUCACUACAUAGUGGUUGCAGAUGAGCAAGAAGGCAUCUUGGGUUGGGCGGAAUGGACCAGCGGAGAGGACCCCGCCGUAGACAUAACACCGGAAGAGCGAGAAAAGAAGAGAGCUGAGGGGAUUGCUCGCCUUCCCAAAAGCAUGGACUUGCAGGCAGCUCAGAAGCUCGGACAGGAGGCUGCGGAUUUGUCGAAGAGGCUGAAAGAAGCGCUGGGCGAGGACCAGUAUCAGAAUUCCUGGAGUCUGAGCUCGGUUGUCGUGGACCCGGCACAUCAACGCAAGGGUGUGGGCAAGAUGCUGACUCGCUGGGGCAUGGAGCGCGCUGCAGAGGAGAACAAGGCCGUGCAUUUCUUGUCCAGUCCAACUGGUGCACAUCUAUAUCGUGCGAUGGGCUUUGUAGAAGUCGGAUCCGGUGAGAUACUGGGCGGUGUUGAAAAUGCGUUCAUCAAGAGGGCCGAGUGAGGUGAUUUACGGCCAAAAGCGUCCGUCGUGUGAAACCGGAUGGGGGUGGAGUAGAGGUGUAAUGGUUGCUGACUGGUCUGUCCGUAUAUGCCUUGAUCUCAGAUGCUUAUACUAGGCGCUUUCGGCAUGGAGCUGAACAAGGUCUAAUAGAAGAUACGACUUGAACUUA